AUGUGGGCACUGGAGUGUGUCCAUGACCCAUGUGUGGCCUUGUGCCACCAGUUCUUCAGGCAUGGAAAGCCAGAUAUUGAGUUCUUGUCCAGUCUCUUGGUCCUCUGGACUGAUGAUGAUGAACUGGGUUUUGGACUCAACUUUCAUAACCUAAGGAUUCAACACUUUCUUGGAACUCAGCCUCGGGAUCCUGCAGCAAACAUCACUUUCCUUAGUGUUCGUGUGAUGUCUCUCUGUCAUGGCCUUGGCCAGCAUGGAGACCUUUCUUCUCACCCUCACUCUCUUGUUUCUUCUGGAACUUUCACACAUGGAGACAUUUCCAUCCAUGCUUUGCGAGCUGAGAUGGCCACUGCACCAAAAGAGACAGAAAAUGCUAUCGGCUUGGAAGAAAUACACACAGAGAGACAAGAACCCCCAAAAGGGCUGAAGACAUUUACAGUGGAAGAAGCUGUGGAAGCCAUUGGGUUUGGGAGGUUCCACAUCAUGCUGUUCCUCAUUAUGGGCAGCACUGGGGUGACUGAAGCCAUGGAGAUCAUGCUAAUAGCCGUUGUGUCCCCUCUCAUCCGAUGCGAGUGGCAGCUUCAAGAUUGGCAGGUGGCUUUAGUGACAACGAUGGUGUUUUUUGGCUACAUGGUCUUCAGCAUAGUGCUCGGGCUCCUGGCUGACAGGUACGGCCGCUGGAAGAUUCUGCUGCUCUCGUUCCUCUGGGCAGCCUAUUUCUCCCUGCUGACCUCGUUUGCCCCAUCCUACAUCUGGUUCGUGUUCCUGCGGGCCAUGGUAGGAGGUGGCGUGUCGGGCCAUGCACAAGGGCUUAUCAUAAAAACAGAAUUUUUGCCCAUCAAAUACCGAGGAUACAUGCUGCCCUUAUCUCAGGUGUUUUGGUUGGCAGGAUCCUUGUUAAUCAUUGGCCUGGCAUCAGUGGUGAACCCAACCAUCGGCUGGCGGUGGCUGAUCAGAAUUGCCUCCAUUCCCGGCAUCCUUCUCAUUCUGGUGUUCAAGUUCAUCCCAGAGUCAGCACGGUACAACAUGUCCACAGGAAACAUAGCGGCUGCGCUGGCCACGCUGCAGAGGAUAGCCAAAAUCAAUGGGGCGGUGAUGCCUGAGGGGGUGCUGAGGGAGCCCGCCAAGGAAAGGAGAGGCAGGUUCAAGGACCUUAUACACCCCAAAUACCUCAGAACCACUUUGCAGAUAUGGAUCAUAUGGCUUGGCAUAGCUUUCGCUUAUUACGGCGUCAUCUUGGCCAGUGCUGAGUUACUGGAGCGGGACCUCAUCUGUGGCUCCACGGCACCACCAGUGCAGGACCCUGGUGAUGACUCCGAGGAGACCCGCAGCCCCUGCCACUGCCGCUUGUUUGGGCCCUCUGCCUACCAGACCAUGAUCAUCAGCACAGCUGGAGAGAUCGCAUUAAAUCCUUUAAACAUCCUCAGCAUCAAUUUCCUUGGAAGACGCCUGAGCCUGUGUAUCACCAUGGGAUGCACUGCGCUAUUCUUUCUUCUUCUUAACAUCUGCACCUCGAGCACAGGCAUGAUUGGGUUCCUCUUCAUGCUGCGUGCCCUGGUUUCAGCAAACUUCAACACCAUCUACAUUUACACAGCAGAGGUUUAUCCCACCACAAUGCGAGCCCUGGGGAUGGGAACAAGUGGGUCAUUGUGCCGUGUUGGAGCUAUGGUGGCCCCAUUUAUAUCACAAGUUCUCAUGAGUGCUUCUUUCAUUGGGGCCCUGUGUCUUUUCUCAUCUGUGUGUGUCGUGUGUGCCAUCUCUGCGGUCACACUGCCCAUUGAGACCAAGGGCAGGGCACUGCAGGUUUGUAUUACUACUCCAGGAGCAACUGUGUAUCUAAACACUGUUUAGAAACUACUAGAUUAUGAUUCAGUCAGAAUCCAAACCAAACUCUCCUGAGGGGUGGUAAACCAAAGUAAGGCCUGAUGGGUAAGCACAGAAAAGUGCUGCUGCAGCAGCUUAAAGCACCAUCACCCCUACUCAGAGGUCAUUUCUCAUAAAAGAACAAACCAGAAAGCCUGCCCUAGCCCCAGCUCUCUCAUGCUAGCAUGUUAGUACAAGCUCCUCUUCACUAGUAUCUCCAGUCCUGACUUGAAGGUGCUGUUUCCCAGGCACAUACUCUGUUCUGCCUGUGCUGUAGGGAGAGAGAGAACAGCAGAUGCAAUAAAUAUCUUAAAACUACUAAAGCCAUUUCUUCAUCAAAUUCAAGUCAAAAGCCCCAACUGCAUCAGUCCUUUAGAUAGGUCCUUGUGGCUAAUCUUUCCUGUAAAACAAUCAGUCAAAACACUAAGCACAAAGAUUCAGGGGGAAAAGUUUAAAUUCAGCCCCCCCUGCACAAGUUGCACUAGU